AUGCAACAAAUAAUACUUGUAAAACAUUUCAUAAUAAAAUAUUUAUAUAUAAUGACUAAAGUAAUAAAAAAAAAAAAAAAAAUGUUGACACAAUGUUUAAAGAUUUAUCGAAUCUGUCCAUGUAUACAUAUUCAGAAAAACUUUGUAAGUUCAAAAAAAAUAAUUUUAAAAACUUAUUAUAUAAAUAAUAAUCUUUAUAAUAUAUUUUUAAGGAAAUUUCAUAUUGUUCAUACAAUAAAUAAUAACAAUUUUAAUUCUGAUAUUAUAAAAGAAUAUGGAAAUGUAAUAAAUAAAAUACAUUUUUUUCAUACAGAGAAAAAAAAUAAACAUGAAAGAUUCUUCUCUAAUAAUAACAAAUAUAUUAAAAGAAAAGAAUAUAUAUUAAAUGAUAUAAACGAAUUUAUAUCUAUUAUUCCAAAUUCUGAAAUUAAUAAUGAUUCAAGUCAAAAUACAAAUCAAAAAAAAAAGAAAGAAAACAAAACAAAUAUAUUAUCAAAUAACAAUCAUAGUAUAACCAAAUAUAAUUUAAAUCAUAAAGAAAAUCUUAUAUCCACUGUUAAAAUUUGUGAUAAAGAAGAAGAUGAUAUAAAGUUAGAUAAACUAUUAAAAAAAAGAAAUAACAAAAAAAAAAAGGAUAUUGUAACUAUAACGGAUGAAGCUAAAGAGGAAUUAAAAAAAAUUAUUUCCACAAAUGAAAAGGAAAACAACAAUAAAAAUAAUAUUAACAGUAAUAAUAAUAUUAACACUAAUAAUUAUAUUAACAGUAAUAAUUAUACUAACAGCAAUAAUUAUACUAACAAUAAUAGUGACAACAAAACUAUUUUGAAACUCUUCUUUAUUACUAAAGGAUGUAAUGGAUUAACUCAUUCAUUCAAUUUUAUAUCAAAAAAUGAUAUACAUAAAGAAGAUGAAAUAAUUUAUGAUGAUCAAAAUAAUAUACUCCUUGUAAUUGAUAGAAAAUGUAUUCUAUAUGUUAUCAAUACAACCUUAGAUUAUUAUAAAGAUGAUUUAAAUGAAAAAUUUAUUUUUAAAAAUCCAAAUAUUACAUCUAUAUGUCCAUGUGGUACUAGUUUUCACUUUACAAAAAAAAAAUAA